AUGGCCAACCUAUGGAGGAUCGCGCGAGAGUGGAUGCAAUCACAGAAUCCCCACCAUAACAUUCCUCCGCCUAAACUCAGCAGUGUACUGGAAAUUUUACAAACACAGGAAGAAGCUAGAGAUCACGUUUAUUAUGACGCUUUGAGACGAAUCUCGGCAUCCUCGAAGGUCAGUCGAAUUUUAUGCUUAGUUAAAUUCCUCUUCGUUUGUUUAAAGGCGUGCAAGGGUAAUUAUGGAAGUUGUCCGGCUUUGAUUACCCUGGGUACUAGGUUUUUUUUUCUUUCCUAAUUCCUGAUAGUUCUGAUAAUUCAUCCAAGGUAUCUCGAGAAGGGACCUCUGGAGUCAGGGAGAGCUUUGAUUGACUCGAUCUCGCUUUUAACUACACUUCCAACCUCUCGUACCUCUGUAAUACGGACACUUUAAUGUCUGUAUUAAGGCUGAGUGUUUGACUGUAAGUUGAUGGUUAGUGACUAAUAUAGGCACGAUCGAAACCGCUCUAAUUCGAUAACGAGUAUGAAAGCAAAGUCAGUGUCCUUUUUGUAGUUCACUUUACUUUGCCAGAAAAUAAUAUUGAAAGAAUGAAAGAGUAAGUGUCGAGGAGACCUUAAAAAAUUGAGACGUGUUUUUUAGUCGAGUAUCCGGAGUGCAGAGGCAUCGCAGGUGGGACAUUGGUCAUAAAAACUUCCCGCGAAGCUGUAUUGUUAAAGAAGAGCUGCAUUGUGACAAAAUUGUCAUGCAGUUUUUGUUUGUAUAAUACGAACAUUCAAUUAUUAAACGUUUUAGUGCAAUGUGUCUGAGACUGUAUUAGUUGUUAGUGAAGAACAUGAUUGGCCGGCAAUGUAUAUUAGUUUAAUCAUGAUAAAAUGCGUGUUGACUUGCCUUCCUUUAUUAUAUUAAUUUUCUGUCUUUGGCCGUAGUGUAGUUCGAUUAUUGCUUUUGGGGAACUCUUUUUCCUUCUCUGAUGAUUUUUUCUUGGACGACAAAGAAUGACUUAAGUGGCGAAUAUAUUUUAACUUCCCAACUUUGUUCAAUUAUUGCUUCUUCCUCGUCCUUUGUUUAAUCAAACGCAGACAGUAGUCAUUUCUAAUUUGUCUAACAUGCCAAUUCCCUGAUUCGAUUCUAAAACCUUUCGCCAGGAUUUUGAACGGUAGUUUAAAUAGUUAUAAUAUUUUUCAAUAUUUGAAAUCGUGACAUAAUAUUUCGCCGAAAGAGUGAUUAAAAUUUCGUAAGGCCUAUCGUAGUUUUAUUUUGACAGUUUUUAGAUUUGCGCCAGUUUGUUAAAUUGCCCUGUUUACUUAAAAACGUGUCGAAAAUUAGAUUUCGUGCCAAAUUUGAAUCCUUGACAAAAAAUGUGCUAAUGAAAUAUUUAACCGAUACCUACGUGGAAUUUUAACACCGCUUAAGGAUAUAUUAACACUUAACAUGGCAUUUUCUUUUACUAGGUUUGUAUUUACGUGUAAUCAUUACUGAGCAAAGCGUUUUAAAAAAUCUCGGCUCAGCACAUCGGUUUUAUAGACAGUUUGUGGACUUCGUACGUGCAACUUUUACGUACAAAGUGAACUCUCGCCGGUUUUUCUAAACUCGUUCAGGUAUGAACUCUUUGACACUAGAUUAGGUGCCAUCAGUUCUGGGUUUAUUGUAGCCGGCAAGCAAGCUCUCCAAUUUGGGCGAGAGAAGUGAGUCACGCGAGAACGCGCGAGCGAGCGGCUAAGCCGCGAGAGGCGAGGUUUAUUGUUUUCGCUCCGAACGGCAGCUCUAAACAAAAAUCACAAAUGAGAUUUACUUUUUCCGCUUCAGUUUCGACAAUACGUUUGUCUUUCUGGUGUAAAUUUGACAGCGCAUAGUGACAAACCCGGGCGACGAACCCCAGCAAUUGUAAGACAAUGUCAGUUUACAGUUUUAAGUGCUUUUAUGUGAAUUCUUUGGUCGUCUUGUUAAGUCAGCAGUUAAUUAUUGCACACAAACCAAUUGUGUUCCAUGAGAGCUAUUUGAAAAGCAGAACAAUUAACUCCCCCGUUUUGCAAUAGUUUUUCUUGGAUGGUCAGCGGCCAGGCAAGAUGUACCUGACCCAUAAUAUAAUAAUUUAUUAAUAAUCUAAGUGAGGCUGCCCAAUCUUUUUAGCCCUUAAUAGUUAUCAUGGGUAGCCUGUACUCUCUCCAUAUUUUAUAGUAAUUUUUUUUGUAUCACGUUAAAACAAUGUAGGGUACAAAUAAAGUUGUUGUUUUUAUAACUUAAGUGUGAAUAAAUUUGUCCUUGUCACGUCCUGCUUACACUACUCAAACUACUGAACUUUUCAGCAUAAAGUGCACAGCUGCUAGUAAAACCUGUUUCAAGAUAAAGCUGUCUUAGAGCGCUGCGCUUUUUAGGAUGAUUAGUUAUACUGCACGUACUAGACCUCAAUGUACAAUUCCUUUUCUCUCGUUAGUCUGAAGACUAUGAGCUCCUUACAGAUACGGUCGGUUCGGUGUACAGACCCAAUUUGGAAUACCAGUUUGUCCUUUGGGCAACACAGCUUUCACAUUUUGCUUACCUGGGGCCACUUCUUGCUUGUCUUUGUUAAUGAUUUAGUUUAAGGAUGACUUGCCCGGUCCCUUAUUCAUUCAUUUUACUUUCUUUUUCCGGUGAACUGCAAGGAUGAAAAGACGACGUAAGUGAAACCAUAGUUAAAUAAGUUUUACAAAAUGACGAAGGAAAUAAGUCCCCAGUCCUUAGGGUUAUUCUGUUAAUUGUAAAGCGGCGAGAGGCAAUCUGGUGAACUGGUUGAUGGCGCAACCGUGUACGUACACCCAUGAACUAUUUUCUUUGUUUAGUUUGUAAGAAGUUGCUGAACUUUGUAAUCAUGCUUUUCUCAGCUUGAUAAAGAAUAUAAAUGCUUAGAAAGUAUUUAAAGUUGACAAAAAAGACCAUCAUUUGUUGAGCGCCCAACCUCUAAAAAUCUCUCCUCCUCUAAUGAUAGCUUUGGCUCAACAGUUUAUUUUGAAUUUUCUAGCAACGAAACCUCCAAUAACGUUACUUUGAUUCGUCCUUAAGUUGGGACUGAUACAAUAGAUUUUCUUUAUAGUUGUACCUGUAGUGAAUAAGCUCUUUUUGUUUUCAGUCAUGUCGGGAAUGGUGCUUGUGCUGAUUGCGCUACGUUAGGAAGCAUCACUGAAGAAGAAGGGGAAAGCUCAUCCUAUUCUAGGCGAGGCUCUGUCGUAAGAUACGCCCUAUCAAUAGGAGAAUCUAUCCAAGAGGUUAGUUUACAAGUGUUACACUGAAACUGAAAGUUCUUAUCGAAUCGAGCAAAGCGCAAUGAAAGCAGGCAAAAUAUGUGUUUUUCUAGAAACAAAGGGAACUGCUUUCUCGUUUUGGCGGUCUUGUUAGGCUUCCUUUGAUAGUCUAUCAACUGCAGCAGGGUUAGCUCAGUCGGUAGAGCGCUCGCCUGCAGAGCGGGAGUUCACGGGUUCGAUUCCCAGGACCGGACCAACACCCAGCGUCUUAAAAUAACUGAGAAAUGAGGGUACUGCCUUUGCCCUGCAAAUGGCUAGACCUUCGCGUGGCUCGGAUGACCACGUAAAAUGGCGGUCCCGUCUCCAGUAGGAGACGUUAAAAUAGUGUCCCCAAUUAGUACUUUCGUGCUUGAUACAUUGAUACUAAAAUGAAGUGCUAAUUUUGUAUCAUGAUAAAUUUACCCUUAUGUAAGCUUGGUUAGUGAGAAGGCCGUGACGCAAUUUUGCCAACGUAAAGAGCGCGCGCAAAUUCAAACGUGUACACGUGACUGCUAACGGUGUUGAUUGGUUGCUUGUUGCGCGCGCCACGUUUUUCCUUUGUUGCGUCACAAAGAAAAUGUCCAGCUGUGAAACGAAACCAGUGCAGGUUUGCUUAUACAAGAAAAAGAGAGUGUGUGUAAGAAAAUAACUCAAGGAGAGAAGCCCUUUUUAACCCCUUCAACCUAAGCGGAGAAAGUGAGGUUUUAUUUGUUUCUUAUUUCUUACGUUAUAUUAGUCGUGGACACCGAAAUUUAAAGUUUUAGACGUCAGUUAAGUCUUUGCAAUAUCUGCUAUCAUUCUCUACUAAAUCGGAAGGCGAUUUCCCGCGCACAGUGGGGAUGCCCUAAUUUCUGAUUUGUUCGCCUAGUUUCUGCAUUGUUUAUGAUUGGUCAGAGUAAACAACACUUGAAUGACUGCCUAUUGUUUUAUAACUUGGACAAAAUCGCUACAGUCAUUUUUCCCGGAAAUGUUUUCUUUCAGUUUCUAAGCUCUGAGAGACUUGUACUUGACCCAGAGGAUGAUGCCUACUACUUAUGGAUGGUAUAUAUUUUUGGUUUGAUCUUCUAAUUUAAUUUAAUGCUACGGUGUGUAUUAAACACUGUCUUUGUUUUUUAGGGUAUGGUAGCUGCCAUAGUUAUAUAUAACUUUUGGACUGUCAUCCUUGGAAUCGCUUUUACAGAAACUUCAGAUGAGGUAGGUUAUAUAGUGUGCAACUAAAUAAUGUAGAUAUAGAAUAGGUGAUAUAGAGUGCAAGUAUAUAAAGCCGUUUUCACCUUGUCUUGAGUAUGGGGUGAAGAAAAGGAAACAAUAAGUCUUUUACAUGACUUGAGGCUUUGACCAUAGGAGUACCGUAAAAUUCCGAAAAUAAGCCCCGGGGCUUAUUUUUGGAGGGACUUAUAUUCGGAGGGGCUUAUCUACGGAGGGAAAUUUGCUUUUCAAAAUCAAUUGGGCUACCCUUAUAGUUGAAAGUAAAUUUACCGUUUUUGCUUUGUUUUUCUUUGUAUUUGAGGGCAAUUUGCCAAGUACAAGCCCCCGGGGGCUUAUGUUUGGAGGGGCGAUUUGGAGGGUUUUUUGAGUUACCGGUUUGAGGGGCUUAUACAUGGAGGGGCUCAUUUUCGGAAUUUUACGGUAUCGCUAGACAGUCAGGGCAGUUGAUCCAGAGGGAGACUUGUGGCGUGUCACAGUCCAAGUCAUUGAUAUUUACAGGACCUGACACUACACAGUUUUCCUUGAAAAACCAGCAAAGUUGCUGCCAAAUCUCAAAACACCACCCGUUUUUACAGCUCUCCAGCAAUUUCGUUUAAGUUUGUAGGCUAUUUUGCCAAGGAUACAGGGCGAUACAUGGCACAUGUACUAUGCAUACUGUUAAGAACAGCAACGUCGAAAAUGCCUUCAGUUUGGUGCUAAAGAUGACAAAUUUGAACUGUUUUGUUUAAUCAAUAAAUUAACCCUCGUUUUUCUCCUUUUUAAGUCUUUCUCUAGGGUUAUCUUCUGGUGGGGAGAUCUGUUUGCAGAUGGCCUGUAUGCCUGCGAUAUAUGUGCGCAACUACGAACUGCUUACAGAGAUGACCACGGCAUUAUGGUAUGUAGAGUAACGAUACUCUUUUUUCUCACCGUAAAAAUUCCGAAAAUAAGCCCCUGCAUGUAUAAGCCCCUCCAAAUAUAAGCCCCCCAAACCGGUAACGCAGAUAACCCUCCGUUGAAUCGCCCCUCCAAAUAUAAGCCCCCCGGGGGCUUGUUCUUGGAAAAUUGCCCUCAAAUACAAAGUAAAACAAAGCUAAAACGGUAAAUUUUCUUCCACCUAUAAGGCUAGCCCAAUCGAUUUUGCAACGCAAAUACCCUCCAUAGAUAAGCCCCUCCGAAUAUAAGCCCCUCAAAAAGGGCCUUUGAAAAAUACAAGCCCCGGGACUUAUUUUCGGAAUUUUACGGUAUCAGGUCCCAGGUAGAGUUAGUUGUUCCAGUUUGUCAAUCAUCCUCAAUUAUUUACGGGGAUCAUAGGGCUGUGGUUUGAACCAAAAAGGUUCCUUAAAGUUUUUUGAUCGGAAAUGCAUUUCUAAGAAAGCGAAGGUUUCAAGAAGGGGACCCAAGCAGAACGAAAAUGUUAGUGUGGAUAAUUGUUCUAAAUAUCGGUACGUUUUUAUUUAUUUAUCUUUUUUUUAAGGUGAAAGACCCUGAAAAAUUGAGGGAGAAAUACUACAAAAAGAGAGGAUUUAAAGCUGACAUCAUUUGUCUUCUGCCUCUAGAAUCACUAUCUUCCUUACUAUUUUGUAAGUAUUUUAAGACAGUUCCUUAUUUCUGUGUCUAGAUUUUGGAUAAACACUACAUAUAUUACUGGUAAAAUCUGUGAUUGACACAAAUUUGUGCUUUGAUGUAAUUGAGUGAAGCCUUCGUGACAUUCUGAGUUCCACGUAUAUUUUGAAUAUACUUUGCUCUAUGACAAGCAAGAGACAAUAGAGCCCAUACUGAAAUAACAAAGCCGUGGAUGGUUUGAAAACACGAGGCGCAGCCAAGGUCUUUGUUAAAUACAGUCUCUAACAUUUUCCCAAAUUUUUGAAAUAGUGACCCUUUUCAUUUAGCAAAUGUUUUAAGUUUUUUCAAACAGUGGGACGGAUGUCUCAUUCUAGAUAAUUUUUUCGAAUCAAUGGGCGAGGUGAAAUUCUCUCCUAUAAUACCGAACAUUUGCCCGGUUUGAAUAGUAUUCUAACGAUCACCGAUAAGUUAAAUUUAGGUUGCUAUUACACAGCGCUCUGCAAUUCAUUCAAAACAGACCUGCUUAUCGCCGGUUUCACUGCUAUUAUAAAUUUACUUAUCAAAACACCUUACUGUUUUGCUUUUCUUCUAGUUCCCUGUGAUGCUAAGUUCUUACGUCUUCCCAGACUUUUGAAGUGGCACUCUGUGGAAACUUUCUUCUUGAUGAGUGACUACCGAACAAGCAAGCCUAACCGUUUGCGUGCCUUUAAACUCAUUCUCUAUCUGAGUGUAGCAAUGCAUUGGGUCGCUUGUCUGUACUAUACCCUCUCUGAAUACGAAGGGCUGGGCUCAAAUGAGUGGGUGUACUGCGAAACUGAGAAAGGAGGCGACUCAUUUACCAGGUUCGAUUUCAGGUUUCUUGUAAAAUAUAAAAUCAUUAUUCCUCCCAAUAUCAUCGGGCCAAUUUUAUUAUUGAAAACCUACGAGUAACGUUCAGGAGAAACGUGUGGCUGGUAGUGCCUACUUUGCAGACUCCUUUACGAACGUUUGUCUUAAAAUACAGUGCAAAUGAUUUACGUAAGUCUGUUUCUGAACUAGUCAUUGUCUGGACCAAUAAUUCCAGCAUGAAAACAAGUUAUAAUAAUCUACAAUUAUCAAGCGCGUAGUUGUUUCUUAAUUCUGCACACGUCAAUUACUUUCUAAAAGAAAAUCUUAAAACUGCGUUUUUGUUAUAUCGUUUAACUUGUGAGUACAAAAGGAAAAUGAAAUUUGAACCAAGGGUAAAGUUGAAUCACAACAUUUACACCUAAAAUAAAACACUUUAGGGUAUGUUGUAUAUCGUUCUUCUUUAAGAUAAAAUGACAAAACGUUUGGACUCUCCUACAAACUGUAAGAGGAGAUUAGACAUUUUCAUUGUUUGAUAGAUACGCACGGCUACAUAACUAAAGAUCCAGAUUCUUAGUGACAGUGUCGCUAGAAAUAACGACUUUCCCUUUUGUUUUUCAGGAAAUACGUUAAGUCCUUUUACUGGUCGGUUCUAACUCUUAUGACGAUCGGUGAAACUCCAAGUCCUCAAACAAACAUUGUAAGUGAUUCGUUCUGUUAUGGCCAGUGUUCGGAAACUCAGCUUUAGACUUUUUACGGUGGCCUCAUUGCACCAGUCUCCUGCUACGAAGUUUUCAUGAGUACUGUUUUUUAUUGACGGUUGCACCAAUGUUGUUUGUAGGAAUAUAUUUUCACUGGAUUCAUGUUUCUUCUUGGAAUCUUUGUAUUUGCAACUGUCGUUGGCAACGUUGGAGACGUCAUCAGCAAUAUGAAUGCUCCAAGGACAAAUUUUCAGGCCAGGUAUCAACUUGUGUCUUACCUUCUAUCGUUUUCCUUUUUGUAUUGCUGUUUUAAAUAUUCUCAGCCUUGGAGUAGCUUAAGUGGGAUUGGCGGAAAUGUUUAUUCGCUAGGGAAGACACGACUUCCACGGUCAACGUAAUAGAUGCUAUCACUAGGCUAUCAGUCACAUGAAACCUAAAAACUAUAAGAGGUUCACUACACCAACUCCACGGAAUAGGUAGUAUCUUAGUCAUGCUACUCAAGCACCAGCAGUCAUUGCCAGUUCUGUCCAUGCGUGAUGCUCUAGUAUUCCUCUACAGUUACCACUGUAUGUGUUUAACAGGCAAUUGAAUGUUGUGUAAUUUUACGUCAGAAUGGACUCAAUCAAGCAAUUCAUGGAGCACCAUAAUGUUCCACAGACGCUACAAACUCGAGUUAAAAGAUGGGCUCACUAUGCCUGGAGCAGGUGUGUAAUCAGUGCGACACACUGUUGCUGUAACUAGUUGGUAAAGUGGUAAAGGCACUUUUUUCGAACAAGCAACACUCUUCUUGUUUCAAUACGCCUCAACGCCUCAAAGGGAAGAAAGUGAAUACUAGAAAACCUCAUCCCUCUUUUUCUUUUAAAGCUUUAAACUAUACUGAAGACGAUAUUUAGGGCGCGUUCUAUUGACGUUCUAUUCCGGAAUUAGAAUACGUGGAAUAAACUCAAAAAUCCAUUUGUUGUGUGGAAAUAUAUGGAUUAGAAGAAUGUUGCACUUCAAAGGACCAAAAAUUUGCGAUCGAAAAGAUUCGUGACAAAUUUUUGCGCAUUCUUAUUCCGGAAUACGAUCGUUCGAACACACCCUUAGUAUCCUUGUAAGUAUGGCAAUGGAGGUACUUUUGCCGAACAAACAACACUCGUCUUGCAUCAGUGCGCCAGAUGCAUGGCAAAUUGAUGUGUAUGAACAUAAAGUAUACACUGUAAUUUUCAGGGAGUUAUAAUAACUCCUCUAGUGGGGCUAAUUUAACUCCUUACAGUGGAGUUAUUUUUCGUGGAGUUAUUUUAACUCCAAAAAGGAGUUUAAAGAACUCUUUUUCAGGAGUAAAAGUGACCCCAGAUAUUGAGGAGUUAAAAUAACCCCAAAAAAGGAGUUAUCCUGUACCUAAAAUUUUUGCUCCACUUUCAGAGUUAAAUUAACUCCAAAAAGAGUAAAAACAACCCCUGUAAGGAGUACAAGUAACCCCAUUUCGGAGUAAUUUUAACUCCAAGACUGGGAGUAAAAAGAACUCUUUUUCAGGAGUAAAAACGACCCCAAAUUCGGAGUUAAAUCAGGAGUUAAAAUAACCCCCAAAAAGGGGUUAUCCUGUACCUAAAAUUUUUACUCCAUUUUUGGAGUUAUAAUAACUCCCUAAAAAUUACGGUGUAGUACCAUGAGGAAAAAAAAUAAUAAUACUAGAGAAUCUUAUCCCUCUCCUAUUUUAAAACUGUCAUUGCAACUUUUAAAUACGAUCUUUAGCCCCCUUAUUAUCCUUGUUAAUAUGACAACGGAGCAGAGGGGCGUGAGUCAAAGUACUUCUGACAAAGACAAUCACAUCCACCUAGGCUGGAUGUUUACGUUCUUGAUCAUUAUGCCAUCAAUCAGUCUUAAAAUGAAUACUGUUACGAAGACUAUACUAACUUGAAUACUAUGUUAGAAUUAAUGUUGUGGGACAAUCAUGAUUUAACGACAAAACGCUGUUGCAAUUGUCUAAUGUGCAGAACACAAGCCCUCGACGAGUCUUCGUCCUUAGAAAUGCUUCCUGAUAGACUGAGAACUGAAAUAGCUAUCCAUGUACAUUUGGAUACUUUAAGAAAGGUAUGGGCAAGUACCUUUAACUUUGUUUUAUGGGUAGCAGUAGUUUAUUCUUUAAUGGGGAAUUUCAGCAUUGAAGAUCAGGGAGAGCGCAAGUAUGACAUUUGGGAACAAGUGCCACUUAGCCAGCGCUUACUCUCAAAACAUCUUGUAGCCCAACGUGGCCCCGUUUGUUCAAACGUCGGAUAGCGUUGUUCAACGGUUAAAUCACGAUCCACCUUUGGUACAACUUGAACCAAGACUCUUCUCAAAACUCUUGAAUUUGUUUGCUUGUUUUAUACAGGUAAAAAUCUUUAAAGACUGUGAACAGGGUCUCUUGUGUGAAUUGGUUCUUAAACUUCGACCCCAGAUAUUUUCACCCGGGGACUAUAUCUGUCGUUCUGGUGAAAUAGGUAAGAAGACAGUCAUUUGUUAAUUUUUACUGCCCAGAUUUACUGACAAGUGCGUUGCACACCUGGUCCCUAAUACAAAGCCAUAUUUGGAGUUUGUCGACUCUUUCGAUGGUAUAUGAAAUUCCCCUUAAUUCUUAACUCUGUAAGAUGAUUACCCUUUAAUAUGAAGCUGAGUUGAGGUAUCUUUUCCAUACCAUUUCACUAAUCAAGACUGUAAAGUAAUAUUCUUGUUUCUUGGUGGAUUCUCAUAAUCUUGUGAAUUGAUGGUUUUUCUUUAAAGGGCGAGAGAUGUACAUUAUCAACAAUGGAAGAGUCGAGGUGAGAAAAUGAUUGUCUUCAGCAAUUCUUUCAGUGUCUUAAUCUUACCAAAGAGACAUGAAACAACUCCCUAAACGGAGUUAGGCGGAGAAAUGGUAGCCCAGUGGUGAGAGCACUCGCCUCCCACCAAUGUGGCCCGGGUUGAAAUCCCGGUGUCGACGCCAUAUGUGGGUUGAGUUUGUUGUUAGUUCUCUCCCUUGCUCCGAAAGGUUUUUCUCCGGGUACUCUUAUUUUCUGCUCUCCUUAAAAACCAACACAUCCAAUUUCCAGUUCGAUUUGGAAAGCGGACAGCUUUUAGUGAGUUCUCAUGAAGUCCUAAGUGCUCCGUGGGUAAACAAAUUACAACAAUUUAAAAACGGUUUUUUUGUGGAAAUUGAUUGUGAAUUUCUGUUGUGAUAACCUUUGAGGCCAAAGUUGAGCAUUUGACCUUUCAGUCAGUCCAUGUUGCUGGCCGGUAUCUACUUACCUGUUGUCAAUCAAUCACCUAAUCAAUCACUUGGACAGUCAAUCAAUCAAGCGGUCAACUGGUCACUUAAUCAUUCAAUCAAUUUGUGUUUUAAUCACAUAAUGAUUUAUACUUAAUGAGACAAGCCCAAAGUGGAGCUCCCGUUUACGAGAAACAACUAAUUUAUAUGAAUACUUGAAGUCUUUCCAAUCUUUUUAGACUCCCCUUUUCUUUCAACUUUAGGUAGUUAUAACAGACUCUUCUACCAAUGAGGAAGUUGUCGUAGCAUCUCUAACGGAGGGAAAUUAUUUCGGAGAAAUCAGUUUGCUGCGACUCGAUGAGGGAAAAAACAGGUAAACAUGCAUUCCACGUCCUAAGAUUGAUAUCAUCUGCAUCAAUCAUCUUUCAGUCUUCUUCCAGUUUGCCCAUCUGUGCCUCCUUUUGUGUUGUGUCACUUUUACCUUACUCUGACUUUUUGAGUGCUUUAAUAUUUUAAUGUUGCGCUCAAUUUGGUGUCAGUUUCCUCUGUUUGAAUUUGGAUAAAUUUCGUGACACAGCUCCUUUAACCCUUCAAGCCCCAAUAUCCACAUACAAAUUCUCCAAGCUUAUAUCUAUACAUUUCCUUAAAGAAUUAAAUGAGAGAAUUUGAUUACAGAUCCAGGCAUUUUCUCUUUGGUGAUCAUUUUGUUAAUACUUAUAACUUUAUCUCUUGACAAUGUAUGGAUAUCGUUAGGAGAAAAUUGUUGUUGGUCACCACUGGGACCUUAAAGUUAAUAGGCCAAUCUGACUAUUCUAUGUUUUCUUUACAGGCGUUCUGCUGAUGUUCGGUCCGUAGGAUACUCGGAACUGUUAUGUCUGUCUCAAAAGGACUUGAUGGAGGUACUGUUCUUAGGCGUUGAUAUUCACUAAUUUACCAAUAAACUAUUUCGACCCUAUGCUGACUUUUAACGUAGUAAAUGACGAGGCAUAAGAAACUAUUGCGUUUUACGAUCUGGGAAUAUAUCCGCGAACUUGAAGCCAAUUUGUGUCUAUUAUUUUAAAUUUAGGUUGAUUGUUAAUGGGUGCAAUUUAAGCUAUCAGCCUAGUGUCGUUUACUAAACCAAUACAACGUUAUUUGACAAAUACAAAAUUUUAAGAAUUAAACGUCACUCUCCACUUAACAGUGUUAAUAGGUGGACACGAUUUGCUUAUUAUUGUAGGCUUUAGAGGAGUAUCCUGACGCCAAAAAGGUUCUCGAAAGUCAAGGGCGUGAUAGGUAAUUAGAGUUUUGAGUUGAUAUUGAUUCGUAUAAGGUAAGGCCAAGUGGUUUAUACAAGUCAGACAAAGUGAACCGCACAAAAAAAACCCGGUGAAUUUAAGAUGAAGGAUAAAUGUACUGAGAACUUUAAGUGUAGAACGUGAGGUACUAGUGUGAGUGUUUUGUCAAGGUUUCAAAACGCAGAUUUUCUACUUUGUAAUUCGAAAAUUCUUUUUAAUUGCAAGUGUUCCAACUGAGAUUAGACUGUUUUAAGAUCAAAACGAUGGUUAUUGAUGAAACACUUGACCAAAAUGGGCAACAUUUAUUGAUUUGCGUUCACUUCGUUUUGAUUGGAAGCUGCCAUAUAGAAAACAUUGCUUAGUCAGCUGCGUAUCAUUGUUUACUGUUUUCUGUUAGAUUACAGAGAACAAGAGCAGAAAGCAGUCUUUCAGUCCCCGGGCCUGGUGAAGCAAAUAAGGAAAAACUUCAUGAUCUGGAAUUUAAUUUUGGUAAGCUGCUGCUUCUGCUGCUUGUUUUAUGUUAGAUACUAAAUUGGAAGCCUGAAAGAGAAUUCUCAUUCAUAUGCAGCGUACAGUUUCUGCUUUUCUUUGUUAACUUUCUGCAUUUCCAUGAGGUAGGUUUGUUAUUUUCUGUGCUGAGUAUAUUAUAUAAUCAUAGCUACAAAUUAACUCCCUUUAAACGGAAAUCUCAUUAACAUCGAGAACUCCUUAAACUGAACAUCCUUAAUUCGUCCCUCCAGUUAUCAGAGUCCUUUUCCUUUGACUCUACAAGGCGGGUUCUUCUCUUAGACCGACACUUGGUAGUAGACCCACCAAGUGUCCUUCUAAGAGCGCGUUUUUCUUUUUUUUUUCACAGCAAGGGAAAUAAACGCCAUCAAAAAGCUCCUGGAGGAACUAAAAGAAAACAAACAAGAGGUAAGAUGCGUUCCUUCAAUAUACCGCCAUUACAUUACUCGUUUCCUCAUAUAAUAUAUCUCAUUGGUUUGGAGUGUUCUAUAGCUAUAGCCUACGUGUAACCGCACCCUCCCUCUCUCCAUUUUUUAUUUGUCCUCGGGGGGAGGGGACGCCUACACGUAGGCUACUAUUGCUUAUACCUGCUCUUUAAUCGAUUCACAGGAGUUCUCAAAUACUUCAAAUUUAGAGUCAUCACUGGCCCUCCUUUUAAAAGGAGGCAGCGUGGCCGAGUGGUCAGUGCGUCGGACGCGCAAUCUGGUUGUCCCGGGUUCGAGUCCAGCUCUUGCCCCUUUCUGGAUUUGUUUUCGGUCGUGCCGAGUUCAAAUCCUCGGACACGCUGAUAACUAGCAAACUAGUUGCCCCCUGCCAGUUGAGGUUUUUAAUCCGGUUUGGAUUAUUUGUUUCCUCUACGUAUUUGAGUGGAGUGCCUGUAAACUAGCUGGACAAGCUAAGUGCACUUUCCACUGUAAAAGAAAAACUUAAACCCAGUCCUUAUGUAGUACAGAAGAAUUAUCUUUGAUUUCCGAGGAGGUAGCGUGACCGAGUGGUCAGGGCGUUGGACUUGAAAUCCGGCGGCCCUGAGCUCAAGCCCCGCCUUGGCCUCUAGCUGGUUUUGUUCUUGGUGGUCCCGAGUUCAAAUCCUCGAUCACGCUUGUAAAUUACCAACUGAUUUGCCUCCGGCCAGUUGGGAUUCUUAACCUUGGUAUGGUUAUUUGCUCGGACCCUUAGACAAGACAGUCGAAUCUAGAUCCGAUCACCUCCCUUAAGCGACCACUUAUCCAAAACACCAAUAUUUCUCUGUCAAAGUCUCAUAGUAAACGACCACCUCUCGCAAGCGAUGGUAACCUUUUUUAGGAUGACGGUUUUAGAAUUUUCAAUUGUGUUUAAUAUGAACCAAAUGCUUUUUUUUGCCUUUCUCGUUGCCGUCGCCGUCUUCGUUGCUUAAGCUCCCUAAUAGUCCGUUUCAACUUCUGGUUUAUAUUUCCAGUGCUUAUAUUUGAGGGCACAAGUUCUUAGACAAGGGGAAGAGCUCUGCAGAAUUAGGCAACAGGUGGCUAUUCAAAAUAGAUCUCCCAGUGGUGGUAGAAGAAAGAAUAAAUCAAGUGGUGAUAUACAAUCUGGGGAAAGGUUGAUACAGCGAUUGAUUUUAGCAGCUAAGCUCGCGUCGGUAAAUUUGAAAACUUCUCAAGAGAAACACUCGAAACAAGCUAGCGAGCAGAAGAACGAAUUCGAUAAUGAACGUAAAUCCGAACUCAAGGAACAUUUAAGGAUUGCGGAAAAUGUUCCUGAUAUAUAUCUUGAAAGUGAUAUUGAUGGACGUUGUUAUCUGGGACCUCGAAGAAGAUCCUUGAAAGAUGACAAUAAUAACACAUAA